CUCAGGGCCGGGACCGCGCCUGCGUGCACAGGCCCCGUGGGGCACCGCACUGCAGGACGGGCAGGGCGCAGCGGCAGAGCUCCAGGUAGGUGCGGCCUGGUUGCAUCCUCCGGCUGCACUGCACGCCUGGCUGACAGGCCCGGCACAGGGAUGUGCCCAUGUCCCUGCUCCACCUGCCUCUCCUCCAGCACCAAGCCUGGCCAGCUGCGAUGGGGAGCCUCGGGGGCUGCCCUGGGGCUGCCCUCGCCCCCCUGCUGUUGCUUGGCUUCCCGGCGCUCUGCCUGGCAGCAGGGCUGAGGGAGCAGGGCCCCACCAUUGAUGGGCGGCCACUGGCCUCGUGCACGCUGCGGGAGAAAGAGAGGCGAGCCUUCACCUGCCGGGCCCCACAGGCAGCCCCUGGCUCCAUGCUCACCUGGUACCUCGAUGGCCGAAGGCAGGAGGCAAACUGCUCAGCAGCGGGCACAGCCAGCAGCACUCUCACCAUCACUGCCCGGCGUGCAGAUCGUGAGCUCAGCUGCUCCUUGACUGACCCAGCCUCCAGUGACACCGCCAAUGCAUCUGUCCUCCUCGAUGUGCAGUAUAAGCCAGAGAUCCUGCGUGCAGAUGCCCACUACGAGGAAGUCAAUGACGCUGGGCUCCUCCUGGUGCUCUUUGUGCUGGUGCAAGCCAACCCGCCUGCUAGCAUCACCUGGGUGGACCAGGAUGGGCACAUAGUGGCCAAUGCAUCCAAAUUCCUUCUCCUGGACACCAAGCACUACCCUGGACUGGCCAACCACUCUCUCCAUGUGCACCUGAGCAGCGCAGCCACCAAUCUCUCAGUCAGUGCUGCCAACAGCCUGGGCAUCACCACUACCUCCCUCCUGCCUUCAGGUUUGCUGGAUGCCCGUGUGGAGCUGCCCGUCCUGGGCGUUGCUGUGGGCUCAGCCCUGGCCCUGAGUGCCCUGCUUGGCUUGGUCUCCCUCACUGCCUGCCUGGCAUGCCGCCGAGCCAAGCCAGCACCAGGACUCCCUGGAUCUGCAUCGGUGCCUCCCAGCAGGGCUGAGCACCUGCGGACCCCAAGCACAUGCCUGCCCCGGGAGAACAGGUCCCUGCCGCCUGACCUGCGACUUGGAGAGUUCACACAGGAGGACAGAGGUAAAACACUGAGGCAUGUGGAUCCCAUGUGGGCUGAGAAGCUCCUGCUCUGUCCCCUUUCCUUUCCCACAGCCAACCCUGGGGAUGUGGAAGCGAAGGGAGGGCAGUGGACCCUGCAGAACACCCUUAUCCUAAGUGAGGGAGUACAGACGGGUUUGGUCCCAUUCCUGAUGGCUGGGCGCAUCUACAAAGUUCCCAGUAUGAGCAGUGAUGAGAUCUGGCUGUGAGAUGCACCAUAGUGCCGAUGGACUGCUCUUCCCCCAAAAGCCUCCUCAGGACCCCAGCAAGCACUCAGCUUCCCCUGUGAUCGGUGCCUGUGCUUUGGGGGGGGAAGAGCAAUACCACAAUCCUUUGAAACCACCCCAUCUGCCUCGCUCAUCUUCUGGAAGUUGCCUGUCUUCUUCAGCGCUCAUGGAGGACCCACCAUGCAGACUAGCACUGGUGAGACUGGGCUGGGAGCAAGUGGGGAACAGUCCGAGGGUGAGGGCAGUGGGCACAGAAGGGUCCCUGCAGGACUCAGUCCUAUCGAGCCUGGGAUGUUUGACUUCCCUCAGACCUUUGAGGACUCCUUCAAAUACCAGAUGCUGAUUUUUCUGGCUAUUGGCAGAUAUCUGAAUUCCAGCGUGAAGUGUUUGGCCUGCUGUUAAGGCUUCAUUGCCCAGCAAACCUCAGCCUCAACAUGCUAGGUAUCAGGUGCCACCCUGGGACAAUACACAUGGGCUGGGCACACUGUCAGCUGGUAGAUGUCACCCGAGGCAGGGGACACUCAAUCCCCCUUCCUGGGGUCUGGGACAGGGAAAGGCACCCUAGAGCCUGGAAAUGCCAGCUGCAUGCAGGGUGUUCCUGCCCCAUCGUGCCACUGCUCUUGAAGAAACAUGGUGAUGAGACAGGAGAACCAUGAGGGCUCCCUAUGUGUCACCAGGCCAGGAAAUGCUGUAGCAGCUGCAGCAGGACCUGUCCUCCAGGCUCUGACCCAGGAGGAGUUGAUGUGGCUCCCUGCAAAGGGAAAUGCCUUUGGGAAUGGCACGUUUUCACAUAACUGUUAUAAUCAAAAUGCAUCAAAGCUUUUUCUAGACAGAUUCUGUCAAGCUGCUAGUGCUGUGAUUCCUCCCCGAGUAAGGCCAAGCACCAGCCUUCAUUUAGCAGACUCACAGCCUGCUUGCUUUACAAACCUGUCCAUCCCUGCUGGAUCGGGGACAGGUGAGGGCAGCCAGCAUGGCAGGGGCUGAGAAGAGUCAUCAGAACAGCAAUAAACUAAACUUAAGUGUC